AUGCAAGCUAAUAUAAAUAACUGCAUGAUGUCCAUAAUUUCAAAUUCUGAUAAUGAACCCUAUAUUAUUGCCUGUAAGCUGGGAAACAUGAUUCAGUAUUUGGAACUCAUAGAAAGCAAGGUUACUCUAGUGAGUAAUUCUCUCUUACUUAUCAUCGUUGUCCCACUUUUAUUAGUGGGUAUAAUGGACGCGAUGACUUACAUAGUAAGUGUCAGCUUAAACUACACAUUGAAGAGUGCCGCAAGUGGUAACAGAUCGAAACUGUUGUUAUUAGAAAAUGAUAAAUAUUUCAAGGCUUUGAAGGAAUUCAAGAUCAAGUCUAUCCACUGGUCGAUCAAAUUUUUUGAAGAUAAGCACUUGGAUAUGACCAGAAACUUCCAUCAAAUGUUCAUUUCAAGAUUAGUCAAGGUGCGGAAAGAGGAUUGA